AUGAAUUUUUUUAUCAGAUUUUUGCUAGCAAAUUUGCUUUUAAAAGUAUCUGAGCAGAGUCAUAUAAUUAAUAAUUUCGACAUCCGAAAAUAUCAUGAUGUCUAUUCGACUCAAUCACCGAUUACAUAUAUUCAUCAGUUGAAGUCUUUUGAAAAUAAUUUUGAGAAAAACGUUUUUAAGCAACAAAAGCUUUCGAAAUCAUCAAGAGAGAAUUUUAAAGCAGCUUCAAACCAAGAACUUUUAAAUGUGCUUGGAUUUCAUCAAUCAAAAAUGUCUUUGAAUCAGAAGAGAAAGUCAUAUUUGUUAUCGAAAAAUCAAUAUCAACCUGACAAUUCAAAGAUUUUCAUCAUUAAACUUCCACCAAAUCAAAACUAUUAUGCAGCAAAUAAUGUCAAAUAUUCAAAAGAUAAAUUAAGGAAUGAAUUGAUUCCUUUAGGAUUCACAUUAAAUGGAAAACCUGGAGCACUUUAUCAUUGGAACUUGCCAAUUAUAGAAAACCUUUUACAGUUAAGCGUGGGACGAAAUAAUAAAGUCGCACAGAGUAAAGAAGCUUUAUAUGAUCCAAUAAAUUCAAUGCUAGAAGCAAGAGAAAACUUUAACGACUAUACUAAUGAUGGAAAUGAGCAGAAGAAUUUAAGAAAAAAAUCUGUUCAAGUUUAUUAUGCACCUUCAAAUGGGAAUCAUUUUUCAACAAAGCCCAUUUAUACUAACGGGAAACCGAAAAGUUUUUAUAUUUUAAAGAAAGAUAGCGAGGAGGCUCAGCAUAAAGAGUUGAUUAAAUUAACAUGA